UUCAAAAAACAAGAGGCCGAGAACCAGCGUGUGCCAUUUACGCCAUUUGCGAGAAGAAACCCAGCUCCAGAGUGAUUCUCUACUGUUCGUCUCUUCCCCUUCCUUUAAUUUCUUCUCUCCAAGGCAGAGUUACUUUUUUGUUUUAAAGAGGAAAGAUCGAAUCAAUGGCUGAGGAAUUUGGCAAGUCCGUCGAGGAUGGUCUCAAGCUCUCCAAGCGUUUAUACUUCGGGAAGGACAGGGCCGUUACUCCUCCUAAGCCGCCGCUGUCCAUGGAGAAGUCUUCAGAAAUGUUACUCCCAAUGGCACCCAUGGUUUACGCGGUCAUAUCUGAUCCGGCUAUUGUGGAUAACCCGGAUAUGCCUAGCUACCAGCCUCACGUGCACGGCCGGUGUGAUCCGCCCGCGCUUAUUCCGCUCCAGAUGACCCGGAUAGAACUCGAGGCUGAUUCUUAUUUGGAUUCAGUUAUUGUUCGCGUAAGUGGAUCCUGGCGGGUUCAUUGCGUUAUGGGCAGCAAGAGCUGUGAUUGCCGUAUCGCGAUUCCUAUGGGCGAGCAGGGUUCAAUUCUAGGUGUUGAGGUGGAAGUUCCUAGAAUGUCGUAUUCUACUGAACUGAUUGCAAUGGAUGACAAAAAAGAUAUGGAAAAGGAAGGCCGGCCUGAAAAUGGAGGCUUUUUGAAGCCUCAUAUAUUUACCAUGGCAAUUCCAAAAGUUGAUGGGGGCUCCUCUCUUUCCAUAAAAGUUAGUUGGAUACAAAAAUUGUUAUACCGAAAUGGAGAGUUCUCAUUGAUUGUGCCAUUUAGUUUUCCGGAGUAUGUCACUCCUCCUGUAAAGAAGCUACCAAAAAAAGAAAAGAUACAAUUGAAUGUAAACUCUGGUAAUGGAAAAGAAAUUCUGUGCAAGACGACUAGUCAUCCUUUGAAGCAAUUAAAACGUGAAGCAGGGAAGUUGGGUUUCUUGUAUGAAUCAGAAGUUCUCACUUGGACAGAUAUUGAUUUCGCUAUCUCAUAUUCUGUCUCCUCAAGUCAUAUAUAUGGUGGUGUGAUUUUGCAAUCCCCAUCUGUGCAUGAUGUUGACCAAAGAGAGAUGUUCUCUGUCUAUCUUUUCCCAGGAGAUCAAUCGAGUGGGAAGGUGUUCAGAAAAGAGAUAGUAUUUGUCGUUGAUAUAAGUAGAAGCAUGGAAGGAAAGCCACUUGAGGGUACAAAGGAUGUAUUGUUUGGAGCCCUGACCAAACUUGAUUUAAAUGAUUCAUUCAAUAUUAUAGCUUUUAAUGGAGAGACUUAUUUAUUUUCUUCAUCAAUGGAGUUGGCGACUGCGGAAACAGUUGAAAAGGCUGUUGAGUGGAUUAAUCAAAACUUUAUUGCAGGGGGCGGUACAAAUAUCUUGCUUCCCCUAAAGCAGGCACUGGAGAUAGUAUCAAAUACUCAUGGUUCGGUUCCUGUCAUUUUUCUUGUCACUGAUGGAGCUGUUGAAGAUGAAAGACACAUUUGUGAAUUAGUGCAAAGUCAUCUAACUGGCAAAGGAUCAAUAUGUCCACGCAUAUACACUUUUGGCAUAGGUACAUACUGUAAUCAUUAUUUCCUGCGCAUGCUUGCAAUGAUUAGCAGGGGGCAAUAUGACGCUGCGUAUGAUGUAGAUUCAGUUCAAUCUCAAAUGCAAAAGUUGUUUGUCAAAGGUCUAUCUACUGUUCUUGCAAACAUAACGAUUGAUGCAUUUAAUGAUCUUGAUGAUGUUGAGGUGUACCCCUCCCGUAUUCCAGACCUUUCAUUUGAAAGCCUGUUAAUUAUUUCUGGGAGAUAUGGGGGAAACUUCCCGGAAACUGUUAAAGCUAAAGCUGUUUUAGGAGAUUUGAGUAAUUUUGUUGUAGACUUGAAGAUACAAAAAGCAAAAGACAUGCCUUUUGACAAGAUUUUUGCAAAGCAACAGAUUGAUCUACUCACAGCCCAGGCGUGGUUUUCAGAAAACAAACGGCUUGAAGAGAAGGUUGCCAAAAUGAGCAUGCAAACAGGUGUUGUGUCCGAAUAUACUCUUCUGGCAUUACUUGAGACUCAGAAAGGAAAUCAAGCCACGGAAUCACCUAGAACACAUAAGUUAUCACACAAGACUGAUUCUUUAAAAGUGGAUUCUCAAGGCUGCAGAAGAAUAUUGCUACCAAACCUUUGUGUUGGCUUUGGCAAUUUGACAGCAACAGCUGAAAACAUUCCUCCUGGAGCAGAAGAAACAAAGUUGCCAGAGGCAGCUGAAAUCAUCAUCAGGGCAGCUUCAAAUUGUUGUGGAAGUAUGUGUAAUAGAUGCUGUUGUAUGUGCUGCAUCCAGUGUUGCUCCAAGAUGAAUGACCAAUGUGCAAUAGCAUUAACGCAGCUCUGCACUGCUCUUGCGUGUUUUGGGUGCCUAGAGUGUUGUUCACAACUGUGUUGCUGUGGAAACGAAGGGAGCUAACAACUUGAUCUCAAAUAUUUUUAUUAAACAGUGUAUAUUUGGCGGUGUAUAUUUGAUAUAUACGGUAUAUGGUAGAGAUUUGUUUAAAGCAUUCAUUCUUCCCCCCAAACGGCUUAUUGUACUCCAUUGUAAGUAUUUGAUAACUGUUACUGCUCAGUCCUAUUGUUAUGUAGGGAUGGCUGCAAGGUUCCAGAGUGAGUUAUCAGUUGAUGUUACAAAAAUUAUGCAGAAGAAUUCCUCA